GUGUCCUGAUUUGGCCAUUUUAAGGGGAUCCUUUGUGCUGGCCUUGAACCAAGACUACGUGGAUCACAACCAGGUUUUAGAUUUGAAGAGCGGGGACGAACUGGCCGUGAUCCCACCCAUCAGUGGAGGUUAGACGAGUCAAUUGUACAAGAUGACAGACUCGAUCAAAAUCACGGGCGAGUGCUUGCAUAUCUCCGAGAUCUCCAAUAUUGUCACAUCACCCUCAACGGGAGCCACCAGUCUCUUUAUUGGGACGACUCGGGACAAUUUUGAUGGGAAAACCGUCUUAAGACUCGAAUAUGAGGCGUACAUUCCCAUGGCCGAAAAGGAGCUGAAGAAGUUGUGUUCCAAAGUCAGAGACAAGUGGAACGUGGCCAACAUUGCCAUUCACCACCGCAUUGGUGUGGUUCCAGUGACCGAGGCCAGUGUUGUUAUCGCCAUUUCGUCGGCACAUCGCCAAGAAUCCCUGGAGGCCGUCCAUUUCGCUAUUGACGAGCUCAAGGCCACCGUUCCAAUCUGGAAGAAGGAGGUCUACGAAGGCGAGUCCAAUGCAUGGAAAGAGAACAAAGAGUGCAAAUGGAAAGGACAGAACUUCCUGGAAAGUGACGAGUGCGACUCGAAUUCCGAGAGUGAAUCUGAUAUCGAUCCCAAGUUCGUGCAAGUCGUGGCUCCCAAAUCCGAGAUUGAUCGACGCAUGCAAGCUUUUAUCCAACGCAAACGGGACGAGAUCAAUAACUCGAAUGUACUCGAAUUCUGCAAUCGGCAUGUGAGUGAGAAGAACGAUUUCUCUUGUGCCAGAACCGAUGCGGUUUUAUGGCGGCAAAAUGGGAGCUCGUCUCAUUUGAGACAGACACAAGUUGUAAAUGCCAUCGGGCCCCAAACCGAGAACUAUCCGAUCCGGGAUCACGCUUCAUUGCUCCAGAAUGCUCCAUUCAUAAAAAGUGAAGAUACUGCCAAGAUUGGCGGUGGUGAGCCCCUGGACUCGGGAGAUCAGUUGCCGGAGGGUGUCCGUGAACGCUUCCAAACCUUGGAGAAGAAACUGAUUCUGGAGAGGGGCCAACCUGUACCCAAGGAUGUGUAUGCUCGAUUAAAGCUCUUGGAAGAUCAUGUCCGAAGACUGGAAGGCACGUCUCCGGAGUAUUUAGAUCUCUUUCAGGGGAGAAUGGUCGUGAAAGCGGAAAAUGAUAGUCGUGAUCGUGAAGCCAACGAAGAACGCCGAGAGGUUUUGGCACAAUCCUUGACUGGCUUGAAUACGAGAAUUCAAGAACUGCAAGCAUCCCUGAGAGUCAAGUCUGAACCCACAGACAAAUGAUGAUGAUGAUUAUUCUAGUUUGGCAUAGAGAUUAAUAAAUACAAUAAAGAAAUAUUUUUUAUUUGAUGCUCAAGAAAAUCUGUAUUCGAUUUAGAACUUAAUUGAUUAACCGAAUAUGCGUAACGGCUGAAGUGAAGCCAAAUUAGAGACAGAAUUUUUUGUGUCAUAGUUUGGGUCGUUAUUCUUCUCUAUUCUUCUUCCGUCUCAGGUGAGAUAAUAGGUAUGUCGUCUUCAUUGGGAUCGGGAAGGAUUUCCUCUUCUGGCUUUUCCACUUCUUCAGACAGUUCCUGUUUAGCAGAUUUUCCAGACACGGGCCGACUUCGAGGAGCAGCUUCAAUGUCUUCUUCCUCGUCAUCAUCUCCAUGCUCGAGAUCAUCCAUGGUGGUGAUAGUGUCGUCGUCGACUUGCUCCUUGUAAUUGUCGUCCGCAGACGCAUCCGCCAAAAGAGCCU